GAAGACUUUCUUGUCGAUCAACUGUCUUCCUAAAACAACCCGCAAACAUAUUUCUCGUGUGCUCAGUCCGGCUCAGUCUCUAAAAGUAUAUUCAAGCUUGUCGUCAUAACCUGCCAACAACCCUCCUCAGUGGAAAGCACUAGCUUCACAUUAGGGGGUUCCCCUCCCAACCCUGAGAGCAGUUUUUCUUUGUAACACGUUCUCAUAGGCCGCUUGACUGAGUGUGGAUGCGUUUGUGCCCAUCGUAUGUAUUUAAACCAACCCAAGUUUCCUUGUAAUCUUGUUUUCUUGUCGAAUGGAAGAUUUCCUUUACCCGAUUGUGCACGCCUUUAUCUGCACCCUUGUUCGAUAGACAAAAGUUUUCUCGACUGUUUCCGUGUUAUCAAAUCUAUCGGCAAACUAACGAUCCGACUUGAACGUCGACAUUCAGGCUCCGCAACAAAACGACCCCACCAAUCUGGAUAGAAGCUCACCCAAACCUUUGCAAGAUACAUUUCACUCGGGAGCAUUACUUUCUUCUCGCGAGGCUGGAGGUCUGCUUCAAUCGAAGCUUUUCAUGGACAGUUUGAAUGUCAACUUCGUCAUGGGAGGAAAGCUCUCAGUGACGAAGGAGAACAAAAGCAUAUCCUCCUUCACGCUUUUGGCAACUCCGAUGCUUUUCAAUCCAUCACUCCAAGCGAACGCCGUCGCCCAUAAAUACAUCCCUCUGACAGGAUCACCGAGUCUUGAAGCCCUCUUCUCGCUCAUCAAUACACCCGAUCUGCAAGCCAUAUCAGUACUUUUCGGAUUCCCAAGCAAGCACCCCACUCCAGCGCAAAUUUCAUCAAGCACCUCACCUCCCAUUCCAAUGAACUCCAGCACUUCCGAAAUGGCCUCAUCAGAUGACCCAGAGAGCUUCGAAGGUCGAGCAAACCUGAAGGUGCUCAAGCUACUUAAAGAAAAGAAACAAGAAUGCGAAGAGCUGAAGGCGGCUGUUAAAGAGGCCAAUCUCACGAGAUGGUCCCUCGAAAAGCAGCUUGACCUGAAGACCAACGACUUGACCUUAGCGCUUCAGACCAGCGAGAGUCGAUAUGUAGACUGUAUGCGUCUGGACGGACGUCUACAUGAUCUCGCCAGCUUGGAGCCCCAGUUGGAAUCUGCACGGUCGGAGAUCAAGAGUCUCAAGAAAUCUGUGGCGGAUGCAAACCGAAGAGCUGAAUUGCGGGAAGAGACGUUUCGAGCAGAAAAACUGUCCUGGGCCGAAGACCGUGAACGCCUGCUGGCCCGUAUCAACACUCUAGCCGAUUCUCUCAAACACGCCCGGCGGAAUACUCUGUCAGAAAGCGAAACUCAUCCUUCCUCACCAAAGCCCGAAAACACUCAGCCCAUCCCUCCGCCAAUUCCUCCAGAGAUCAAGAAAGAGCUGACCGAGCUCCGUGAGUUGGUCCCUGCAUAUGUGGACACUCUCGACGUUAUGGAGGUUACAAUUCAAAAUUUGAACGCCGAACUGGAGGACUUGCAUCAAGCCUACACUGACGUCGUCGAUAAAUCUUAUGCUCAGCAAGAGCUGAUUGAGCAACUCAACCAGCACGCACUCGAAACCGAAAACUCGAUGAUUGGACAGGUCGGCCAGCCAGAACUUGAAGCCGAAAACCCAAUACCUGAGGGUAGUCUGGCUGCAGAAAUCUCACAAGCUUCUUGCAAACGGCCCUCAACUUCAUCCUCUGAAAGCCACUCCAAACUCCUGAAAAUGAGGAAAUUGAAUGAAAAGACAAAGAGUGAUGAAGUAGAAGACUUGCGACAGACCAACCAAAAGUUGAAUGAUUAUCUUGAACGUCUAUUGAACCGGAUCAUAGGUCUGGAAGCUUUUGAACAUGUGCUAAAUGUGGACUUUGAAGCCAUCCGGAAUGGACAUCCGAAACAGCCAGUCGUCUUCCAGGCUCCCAGUGUGCGAGCACGCAGAGCAGUCUCCUCAAGCUUGGCUACCAGGACGCUCAAUCAACUCAAGACUGCCAAGUCGAAAUUCUUGGACAAGUUAAACAAUUCCGCUUCUUCUGGUAUCCAAUUACUAGCCCAUUCAUUCCCACCCCAGAAAACUCUUCCUGAUCAGUUUAACUCCUUCGCCAUGUUGUUACCCCGCUCAACGUCAAAACUUGGAUCUGUUGAUUACGCGGCAAAUUUGGGCAAGAGCGACAAAGUGAAACGGUAA